GGCGCUGGACCGCAUCCAGCCGCGAACUGAGAUCUUGAGUGUGAUUUUUUUUCCCUUUCUUGUCGGGACUCUUUUGAUGGACUGGACCUCCACCAUGCUUCGCACCGAAGCACCUUGAACACAGACAUGGACUUGUUGGAAGAUCAAGUCAGCGAUUUGCGUCAAUUCCUAAGACAACCGCCGCGGAUAGCUGCAGGUGGUACAUCUGUGGGCUCUCUGCUGACGCCGCAAGCUGGGCCGCGUGUGGACAAUCCCGCCGAUGCCGCGUCUCAGUCGCCCAGUGUUUCCGAGCCCGGCGGCGCUCGAACGAGCAACAAGCGCCGGCCCGAGGACGAAGAAUCGGGUCCGAAACAGCAGAGAAGCAAGAGGAACAGAUACAUAUCCAUAGCAUGCAACGAAUGCAAACGACGCAAGAUAAAAUGUAACGGCCAACAACCAUGCCAGCGAUGUGGGCAUCUGAACCUAGCAUGUCUGUAUUCUCCAAACUGCUGCUCGAGCAGUUUCAAGGAGUCCGACGACUACAAGCGAAUGACGGAACAGAUAGCGAAGCUGCAGGAGCAAGUAAAUACGCUCUUCGACAACAUGAACUCGCUACGGCAAGACACACUGCACCAGGAUUCUCGUCACCACCACACGUCUCCGUCCGCCGAUCCGCGCAACGGUCCUGCAGUGACCAGUCUGCUAGCCCCGUCCGUCUCGAACUCGACGUCCUCAAACACCGACCCGGCGCUGCAACGACAGUCCCUGCCGCCUUUCCCACCACCCGGUUUCCGUGGUCCCACGAGCAGUCUCUAUGGCGUCAAUGUCGCAAAGACCUCGAUGCAUAACAUGGGCUACAACAAUGAUGGAAAUGACGACAAUAUCGCUGCUGCUGAGGAGGCUCUCGAGAUGUCGCCUCCCGGCAUGAUUCCAGCCUCCCUGCCCCUAGAUCCCUCGGCCCCUAAGCGGGCGACGGACCCGCUCUGGCUAUAUGACAAGCAUGAGAUGCUUCGUCUGUGCAGGGUGCACGAGGAAGAGAUUGGAAUCAUGUAUCCAGUCAUCAAUAUAGAGACCGUCAUGGAGCAUGCUCGCAACCUGGCGAGCUGGAUGGAAGCCACCAAACGAAAGGACGAGAAUGCAGCGCUCAUUCAAGACGUGGAUCUGAUGGAUAUACCAACGCUCAGACUGAAAAUCAUCAUGUGCUGUGCCAUGGUUGUUGAAGGGCAUGGGCAUAGCCCCAAGGCCACGGAACUUUUCGAGACCAUCCGGCACAUCCUGGAUCGAAAGCUGAUGAGCGAGCCCAGCGAGGUGGCGAAUCUUCCGGUUCUUUGCCUGUAUGCUGGAUACCGCUUCCUUAACAACGAAGAGAUAUUCGCAUGGCGGGUCGUGGGGCAGGUUACACGACUUUGCCUCGAGCUGGGACUCCAUCGCCGUGAGGGGCUAAUGAAGAUUCCUGAAGAAGAUCGCAACACAGCAAUCACUACUUUCUGGGCCUCGUAUGUGCUCGACAGGAGAUGGAGCUUUGGGACCGGCCUGCCUUUUGCUGUGCAGGACGACAUGAUAGAUCCUCGGUUACCACGCCUGGACGAAUAUCCGUAUCUUGCGGCCAUGAUAUCAUACUCGAGACUGGGCGCCAAAAUCUGGAGGCUGGUGGACUAUUUUGAGCCAGCUUUCGUCCUUGAUCUCAAGCGAGAAGAGUUUGAAGCGCUCGAUCGUGAGAUUGUCGAUUGGUAUGAGGGCUUGCCAAGCGAGGUCAAGUCUCCAACGCGAGACGUAGUACCGCUACCGUCGAGUUUGACAUAUAAUACCCAGAAGCUGCAGGUGUGGACUAGUCUAAGGCUGAACCAGAUGCGCAUAUGGCUACAUACCCCUGUGCUACACAGUGCCAUGAGUAUCCAAAACAACAUGCAGUUGGCUCAGAAGGUUGUCGACCUUGCGCGCGAGACCAUACAAUAUCUCAAAAAACUCAACGACUUGACCAAUCUUUACAGGCGGCUCCAGGUAUUUUACCAUCAGUUCCUGACAUCGGCAAUGGCGGUCCUUUUUCUGGCUUCCGCACACGCACCCGUCGAUUUUAGCAGCGUCGUGCGUUCAGAUUUCUACACUGCCCUGGAGCUCAUCAAGGACAUGUCAGCCAAGAGCUGGGUAUCCCAGCGACUAUGGCGCACAGUCAAAUCAUUAAAGAACUACACGACGCGUGUAGGUCUUGAAGAAAACGGGAGCGGCAACAUGGUCAAUGGCCGACAGCAGCAGCAACACAACUCAGGGAACCAGGCGGAUGAUCUGUCCAUGCAUGGGUCGGGCAUGUCUACAUCUGGGAUGAACGCCAUGACCGGGAUGGACGACUACAUGUACUCGCAAAACGGCGGCGGCAACAAUGUCGAGUCCUCAAACUAUCCUCCGCCUCCUCAGCUCGGCCAGCCGCAGCAAGUCCAGCAGGGGGGCAAUGGGAACUCGCCAGCGAGCCGAGGCCCAACCGGGGCAGGGUUUCAGUAUGGUCACGACAAUGGGCUGGACAACAAGCAGAAUGGGCUAGCGCUGCAGAGCGAGAUGAAGAACAUAUUCGAGGGCUGCUUUGGCAUAAACGGGCUCCAAAUGACAUCGAUGAGCGAAUCCGACUAUGCCGCUGCCAACUCUGGGCGCGGAUCGUCUACCUUUUCCUCCAUAGUCGGCAUUCCACCGUCUGAGUACAGUCCCGUUGGCGGCGGGGGCGGUAAUGAUGGGAACAAUGAUGGACAGGGGCCUUCUGGAGAUGGGCUCGGGAUGAGUGAUGCCGGCGUUUACCUUCAAUUCAAGGAUUUGUUUUAGGGACCUUUUCGUUGUUAUGCUCUAGUUUGGAUAUUUUCGCAUUCGGGAUGGAUGACUUCAGCUAGGCAUGCUGUCCAUCCUGUCGCCACUUACUAUGAUAUAGCUAAUAGGCAGUGAUGAAAACCAACCCAUGCAUUCUCGUGGGAAAUCAAAGGAUUGAAACCAUUGACGAGGGUCAUUCAGUGUUGAAAGGCAUUGUGGGGGCAAACCUCUUAGGCCGUGUUAACGGCGAAGUUGGUAGCCAUUGGAAACUGUUGGAGGCUAUAUUUACCGAAGUCACUGGCAUUAGUCAUUGACGGGAGCUCUUGUUUUUGACGGUGUUUUUAGUGCAAUA